GUAUUAUCUAAUGUUCUGUGUCAGUCAUAUGAAGCUCUCCUGCUCUCAACUGAAGCUACUGUUAAAGUGUAUGGUGUGAUCAAAGCACUGCCUGAAGGGAAAUCGGCUCCAGGUGGUCAUGAGUUGGUGUGUGAUUAUUGGGAGGUGGUUGGGCUCUCUCCUCCAGGUGGAGCUGAUAAUCUAGUGAACGAGGACUCACUGGUUGAUGUCCAGUUAGACCAAAGACACAUGAUGCUAAGGGGAGACGUGUUGUCAAAGAUAUUCCGAGUUCGUUCAAUGGUGGGACAUUGUUUUCGUCAGCACUUCUUUGACAGAGGAUAUGUUGAGGUAACUCCUCCCACUUUGGUGAAGACACAAGUUGAGGGCGGAGCCACCUUAUUCAAACUGGAUUAUUUUGGUGAUGAGGUAUGAAUCAUGAUACUUGUAGUACAACUUUAGUUGUG